ACACACACACACACUCUGCUGGAAAAGCCUAGCAAACGGAUGCACGAAGCUGCUGCUGUCCUGACACCAAGAAGCCCCCAGCAGCUGCAGCUCCGAAGCGAUCUGAGACCGUGAAUGACAUUUGUCCAAAGAGAGGGGGGGAGUGGGGAGGCGCAUUUGUGAAAAUGCAAAGUUCCCCCAAGGUACAGGAUGCUGUGAAGCUCUGAAGACAGAAGGAUCCGGAAGCUCAGCCUGGGGGAACGGCUGUGUCUCUCUCUGUUCACACACAUGCAAAGGACACUCGCCCCAUGCCUGCAGCGGAGUCCCUGGGGGGUGACGGCGAGGCUGGUGCCCGGAGACGAGCCAGGCUGCUGAGCCAGUGCUGCCGAGACAUCUGAGGACACAGGCGGCGUGACAUGCGAUCCACUGCAGCAUCAAACUAAGAGCCCAGCGCUGGAAAAGGAGGAGGAGGGGUGGGGAGAAGCUGCGAAGCCACCGCCGGGCUCGUAUCCUGCCGGCUUCGCAUCCUUCCCCAGCCCAGGUGGCGGGUGAGUGGAGAUGUCACGGGAGGCGAUUGUUUGCUGCAGGCUGGGUCAGCGUGGCGGAUCGUGACCUAGGGGGAGAGCAGCUCUGCCCAAAGCAGCCAGGAAGCAGCAGCAGCCACCAGUAACAGCAGAGAAACUUUGACAAAACUUCUGCAGAUCCCACAGCCAGAUGCGGAGCGGCGAGGUAGCCCCACUCCCCACAGAUCGCGAAAAGCCCAGCGGGGGAGGCGACAGGGAGGCUGCUGUGCUUCCACCAGUUAUGUUUUUGGAUUUGGAACCCAUAGUGAUUGAGGGAAGAAGGGAGGGCGAAGUGGUGCAAUAGAAAAGCUAAAAUAUCUCCUUGGGAACCGCUCAUUUUAUUCAUUUCUCCUCCUAUUUUAUUUCUACAUGCAAAGCCGAGGGGAAUGUGAUGCGUGACAAAGACCUGUGAUUUAUUAUUUAAGCUAUUACAUUAAAAAAAAAAACUAGCAACACCCAUAUCUCUGGCACCUACAGAAGCCUCCAAAUCAGAUGUGGCUGAUUUAACAUUUUCCACCGUUAUUUUUUUUUAAUUACAGUACUGUUUUUCUUUCAAAAGGGAAGUUAUGAACAACUGCAAGUCCGGAAGUGAAAAUCUACAGGGGUUGUGACAAGAAGUAUUUUUUAUUAUUUAUAUAGAUGUGUCUAUCCGCAUUCUGCGUUUUCAUCCAAAGAAUAGAAGGGAAAUGCCAGCUUUGCUGAUGUUUCAUAGUGAACAGAUGGCAUUCAAGAAGAGGAAGGACUAAAUAUCUCAUCUUUAAAAAAAGGAGAUGAUUAUUGAACUCAAGACUUUUUUUAAUCCAAAGAAUAUAUGAAUGAAAGAUUUCAUCUGUCAUUAUCUGGAGAAUAAGAAAAGGCCCCUUUGCUUCUAAAGAGUGCAGCUAAAUCCAUAAAAGCAGCAGUGAUAAUAUUGAAUUUCAAAUAGAGACUUUAUAUGAUGAAUUUUCUAUCCUAUGGAUAUCAUUUUUGAGAUUACAAACCAGGAAGAUCUAUAUUUGAUCUAACGCCAUAUCAUUUCAAUGCCUAAUCUUCCCCAGGAUUGCUGGAGUGUCCUAGGAAUUGCACUGGUGUUGUAUGCCAUGGGCUGUAUUCAGAGUAUUAGCUGCAAAUCCAAAGUUUUCCGGGAAAGUAUUUCAGUGAUUGAAGUGAAAGCCUCCAUCGAUCCUGUUCCCACCAGCAUUGACGAGUCAUCCAGCGUGGUUCUGCGAUACCGGACCCCUCACUUUCGAGCCUCGGCCCAGGUCUUGGUACCGCCUAUCCCCAAGAAAGAGACCUGGAUCGUGGGUUGGAUUCAAGCAUGUAGCCAUAUGGAGUUUUACAACCACUAUGGGGAGCAGGGAAUGUCGAGUUGGGAGCUCCCAGAUCUGCAAGAUGGCAAGAUCCAGGCUAUAAGCGACUCGGACGGCGUGAACUACCCCUGGUACGGCAACACCACAGAAACCUGCAUGAUCGUGGGGCCCACCAGGAAGGAAUCCAAGUUCAGCAUCAGUAUGAAUGAUAACUUCUACCCAAGUGUCACAUGGGCGGUGCCUGUGAGCGAGAGCAACGUGGCAAAACUCACGAGCAUCCACCGGGAUCAAAGCUUCACCACCUGGUUGGUUGCCACCAACACGGCCACCAGCGAGAUGGUGACCCUGCAGACUAUCAAGUGGCGUAUGAGGCUGGGCAUAGAUGUGAAUCCCAGCAGACCCUUGGGGCAGCGUGCCACGCUGCGGCAACCCUUUGCUCAAGAGCAGCCCCAGGUCCUUAGCAAGAAUGAGCCAAUACCACCCAGUGCCCUUGUGAAACCCAAUGCCAAUGAUGCUCAGGUACUCAUGUGGAGGCCAAAGGAGGGGCCACCACUAGUGGUGAUCCCUUCAAAAUAUCGGUAACAGCAACCUGGCAUCCCAGCACCAGAAGGGAAGAAAAUAACCCUGCACUUAGAUACUUUUAGAAUCUAAGCAAAAUUGAGAUGCACUUUUUAUUCAUUCAACAGAAAUGCAACCAUUCUACCUUCUCCCAUUGGGACGGAUCUCACUGUGCUGAAGCUAAAGAGGAGACCUUGACCAGGGUCUGUCUCAUCACCUGAUUCCUAAGGGAGGAAUCAGCGAACUAAACUUUAUUUCUAGCCCUGUAACUUUCUUUUCUUCCUGACUCUAGUUAUUGUUUGAACUUCAGUCUCAUUAGCUCACCCAGAUUGUCCAGAACAAAAUAAGAUUUUUAUUGGGGAUUUUAUUAUGUUUGGUGGGAGGAAAGGAAUUCUUUUUUCCUCCCCAGAAUGAAACUCAAGUUCCUGGAGCUAAACGCUGACUAUUUAUUUAUUAUUAUGGGUUUUUUUUAAAUGAUAAAAGGUUCUGAGUUGCAAACCUAAGUCAUGCGGCCUUAUGUAGACUUUGCUUUGCAUUGCCAAACUUUUGCCUUAAAGCUGUGUUUGAAAGAAAAUGUAAUCUCACCAAGCAGAAUCUCUUUUCUACAGGAUUUUAGGGAGGGUGAGGGGAAGCAUUCUGGAGCAAGGGAUAGAUUGUCAGUGUAUCAAGGGAUGAGGAGGAAGGAAUGAUAAUGGAAGAAACCAGAUUAAAAAGAAAACCUUCCUGGGUUUUAAACAUGGAACAAGAAAGCAUGGAAAUAAACCCAGCUCAAACCCAGUUGUUUUGCUGUCUGAGCAGAAAUGGGACUAGUAUUGCAACGCAAGUAACAAGUUUGUUAGAGAAACGUCUGUGGACAAGAGCUGCCAGGCCCCUCACUGCUCGAUAGAAGGGGUCAUCAGAGCCUUGCAUUGCUAAAGCCUUCUGAGCUGAGCCUCUUUUGGCAUGAGAAUACGGGACAAUCCAGACAGUGGUGGGAAUGACUGGAGAUGUGGUACUCAAAAAGAAACACAAAUCAGGGGAGUUAGUCAUCUCCUCAGAGCAAGCAAGAUGGAACUUUCUCCUUCCAAACAAGCCCACUAUUAUUUCCCCCUAGGGUAUCGUGACUGGUGGGUCACACACAAGCUGUAAUAUAUUUGGGGUCAAAUUCUGCCAUCGGUUACUCCCAUGAAACCCCAAUGAAUUCCUAACAGGUGGAGUGAGAGCAGCAAGAUACAGCGGGACCCAUCUAAAAUCACUGGGGCUGCAUGGGUGUAAACGAGGGAAGCUGUUGUCCACUAGAAUCUCUGACUCAGGAAGAAUUAUACCUGUGAAAAUAAUAUGCACCCUUCCUAUUAACAUGAAAACAAAAAAAGUCUGCUCACCUGGGCUGAUGGAGAAGCAGCCUCAUGGCCCCACUGGAUUCAGAUGGCUUUCAGUGAUAAGGGUUGUAGGUGAUGACAUAGCUGCAGAGAUAUGGUGGAAGCAUACAUGUGUAAGCAAGCAACCCCUAAGAAGAUGAAAAUAAUGCAAAAUCUGCAUCCUGCGGGGAGGAUGCUCUGGGAAGUCAUGUCUGUUUGGAACAUAAGUCAGGGCCCUAAGAAAUCAUUUGGUGGAUCUCCUGGGUGGCCUCAGAGACAGCACCAGUAUUUCUCCAAAGACAGGAAGCAUAAAAAGGAGGCAGCUUGACUGAGACUUUUGGCUGAGGGGCGUUUAGAAAUGGAGGAACUUGUAUGGUGGAGGCAGUGUGGGCUGGAGGACAGGGCAGGGGCUGGGAGGAGACCACCUACCUUCUGUUUUCAGCUCUUCUUGUUUGGCCUCAGGCAAGUCUCUUCGCCUCUCCACUGCACCUGUAAAAUGAGGAUAGUGACACUUCCCCUUACUGAGGAAUUGCUUAGGGACUAGGAGUGCUCAGAGGUUCUGCACCUGGCUGGUCCCUGCUCAGCCAGGUCUCACCGGGACUCUCCAAGACUCCCAUCUGGAUCUGCCAUUUCUCACGCUAUGCUCCAAGCAGCUCUGUCUCUCCCCUACACUCAUCGGCUAGCUGCUAGCAUUGCAGCCAGCCUCCAGGCACACUCUUUAAAGAGUUCACCCGCAAGACAGCCUUACGAUAUACCAGGACCCUCCCUACUUUGUAUCCAACCCCUUUAUUUUGGCAGCAUGCUCAAAUACAACCCUCCCGCUCAGGGACCAGAAGCCUCAAUGCCUGCUUCCAAGCCCCAGCAUCCCACAUGACAGCACCAGACUCAGAGUUGAUUCCCAACAGCAGCAGUGUUCAUGGGCAUUCUGGGAGAGACUGCUCCAGAUGGGAUUGUCCACAGAUGCCUGCACUCUUCCCAACAGGCAGAUAUUUGACUCAGGGAGCCAGUCAUUCUAUGCAGUUUGCCAACGAACGGCCGAAGAAAGCUUAAACCCAGGCCCUAGAUCUAGAGAGGAUGAUGAAUCAAGCUUGUGAGACCUUGUGGUGUGCAUGGUGACUGCCUCCAUCAUUCUUAAGUUCCCCUUUCUUAUGUCUAAUUAGCUCCCAGCUAUAGCUUGACUUGUACAGACCCUUGAGACUUAUCCAUAUCCUCUCCCAGGCAAUACCACGCAAUAGCGAAUCACUGAAUACGGCAAAACCUCUUCCUGCUGUGUCCGGACUGGUGAUAGUUGGGAUGGGCCCAAGUGGUGAAGCUUGCAUCCAUUUCUCAGCAGCCCCAAAGUUUAAUGUGUGCACGUUGGGGAAGGAAGGGGGAGGUGUUCUUCAGGCCUGGCAUUAUUUUGAGCCUUUUUCUGAAGUGCUGAGUAUUUGCAGCUCCUUUUGACUUCAGUACAGGUUGUGGGUUCUCCGCACCUCUAGAACAAAAAAA